AUGUCGAAUUGUCAAGUCUGCAAUGAUCUCAAACAAAAGAGAUCGGGAGUGAGGCUCGCCAUCGAAUUUACAUCCAGCGAAUUAGAUCAAUCAGCACUUGUCAGAAAAUGCCAAUUCUGUUCUAUUAUGCGACAGGGAAUUCUUCUUAUGCAAGAUGAAAGUUGGUCAUUUGCGACGGAUGUCUCUACUGUCAAUGGCUAUGCAUUCUCCGGCGACACACUCUUCUUGGAAAUCUACUUCCUCAAAGAAAAGCGAAAGCCAAGGGUCGUGAUAGAGUUUUUCACUGACAAAGCUCAUCCGGAUCUGAUGCUAAGGAAAGUCUUCUGGCCAAGGUCGACUCGCAAUGGCCACCCACUAUCCAAACAAGCAAUAGAGUGGGUGAAAACGAAAAUGGAGGAGUGUGACAUUGAUCAUCUAUGUCAUUCUUCAGAUCUAUCUCCCUUGCCAGACAGGGUCCUCUCACUCACAGCUCCGAUUGAAGGCAACAUCACGGUCAGGCUCACCGAACCAGUCAAAGGUCUAGGCAAAUACGCUACUUUGAGUCACCGUUGGAGCUUGGAUCACAACUUCAUCACCACCAUCGCGAACCUAGGUGACAGAAAAGAGGGAAUACCGUGGGAAGAACUUCCAAAAACGUUUCAGGACACCGUUCGGUUCUGCUUGGAGCUUAACAUAUCCUACCUCUGGAUUGACGCGCUUUGCAUUGUUCAAGACGACCCGGUGGAUUGGGAGAUUCAAUCCGCAAAAAUGGCCGACAUUUACCAUCAGUCAUGUCUCACGCUGGCUGCAACUUGGUCUGAUUCCAACUCGUCUGGAUGCUUCCCAACUCAGACAGAUGAAUACGCCGAGCACUCAUUGGAAGUUACAAAUUCGGCUCAAGACAACUUCUCGCUCAAAGUUCGUCGUAAGCUUCCCCAUUGGGCCACCAAUCCAACGGCGAUGCCAACACGGGACAAUCCGCUGCUCUCCAGAGCCUGGGUAUUCCAGGAACGAGUGUUGUCGCCAAGAGUCCUUCAUUUCUGCCUACGGGAGAUGAUUUGGGAGUGUUGUGAACACACAAUCUGCGAAUGUGGAGGGUUGUCGAACAGUCUCAAUCUGAAAUCAUUAUUCGCGAUUGCGUCACAGCUGAAAAUCAGCAGUAACCAGCCCGAAAGCGAAAGUGAAAGUUCAAGAAGAGAGGACGCUGUACAACCUGUGAUCUCACAAGUGAAUGAGCGACAGUCAAUUGGAAGACUCGAUCCGGAUUUUGAUGAGGUCAAUGAUCAACUUGAUACUCGAGAGCAGAGACUCAGAGCAUCACGAGAGGAUGCCUUGAAGACUUACAACCUACAAAUGAAAGAGAUACUUGUGCCUCUCAAACAGUGGCAUGGUCUCGUCGAGCACUACUCCAAGCUAAAGUUGACGAAACAGACUGAUCGCCUCCCAGCGCUGUCAGGUCUUGCGCAUCGUAUGGCUCCUUUCCUUGGCGAAUAUCAUGCUGGGCUAUGGAAGUCAUCCCUAUUUCGCGAUCUUGCUUGGGCUGCCGAUAAACCUUCAAGUCAUCUGAAUCGCUCUCGGGAAUACAUUGGCCCUUCCUGGUCAUGGGUGUCUGUAAAUGCAGGCGUUCGCUAUUUGAACGCAGAAGACAUUUGGUUCUCACCCGAACAGUACCACGUCCGUAAUACGGACCAUUCCCGGCAAAAAUCAUCUUACCGACGGCCAAUAAUUCGUUCGGUUCAAGUCAAGGCCAAAGGGAAGAACUACUAUGGCGAAGUUUCAUCCGCCACCUUAGUUGUUUCAGGUCUUUUACGCUCAACCACCUUGGUUGUCAACCCAGCCUUCCUAUCGCCAAGGGAUAUGACCACCUUUGAACUGGAGAUAGGGCUUUCCGAAGCUUCUUCGUGCAAAGUACCGUCCGUAAGAUUGCCGUUUUCAGCAGAUUAUCUGCCCAAUGAGCGAAUUAGACGCGAUUCAGGCGCACUCUAUCUCUUUGCACUCUUCCCCAGAGUAUGUCUUGUUUUGUCUGAUACGCGCCUGCGGAGGGAAGAAUUGAAGGUUUACCAACGCGUCGGGAUUGUUCAGUUGACUGAGCACCUUGAAUCAAGGUAUGGAAUUGACUGGUUAUAUGGCGCGCAACGCUGUGAUAUUAUGAUAAUUUAGCUCAAAAAAUACACACCACCAUAGGUAGUAGAGAAUCCAGGGUCCCGUCAAGCUUUUUU